UUACAUUUUGUUUCAGAACCACAAAAUAGAUCAUCAUUGAAAUUGAGUGAAUUAAAUUCAAAAAUUGGUUCUAUUUGAGAGUUGAACUUACAAUUGAAAAAAAAUGUACAAAUGCGUGAACCGUUUUGUAGAGCACGAGUAUAUGUCACAACUAUUUUAAUUGCGGAAGUGUUGUUGGGCAUUUUAAUAGUGGCUCUGACGUUAAUCUAUCACCGAAUACUCGGUGGCUAUCUCGGUGAAAAAGAAUGCAAAUUACUCACAGGACAAUUAUUCAACACUUACUUACUUGGAACACAACUAAUCAUAACAUAUUUUUUUAGCAUUUUUAUGUGGAGACGUUUGUGGAAACGGAAGUAUACUCCAAAUGUCGAGCUUCUGCUGCACCUCUGGAUAUUUUUUACAUUUUUGAUUGUUUUUUGUGGUUUUGGGUCAAUUUAUUCAUUGUUUAGUUGUGCGGAUUCGUUGGAGAACCUAGCAGAGACAUCGUUAUUAAAGGGAAUUGAUCUGUAUUAUACAUGUCCAGAAUGGAAGUUAAUGUGGGACAGUUUACAAUAUUAUAAAGAAUGUUGUGGUGUGCAUAGUUAUAAGGACUGGAUGAAGGCCUCUUGGAUGCCACAAGAAUUGCAAACUUCUGAUCAGGGCAGUUGUUCUGGUAUUAGCAAAGAUACAAUUCUGGCGCCUUAUGCAUGCUGUAAACACGAUUGCAGCACGUGCUAUCAGAACUAUGUUCCGCACCCUGGCAGUGGGGGUGAAAUACCUGCAUUAAGUAUAGGUCAAAUAAAUACUUACGGAUGUUUGCCGAUUUUUGCGAACAAUAUGUGGAGAAUUUUAUAUACUUUGUUGGGUCUUAUGAUUGUCGCAUUUAAACUGGAUAUCAUACUUUGUUGUAUGACAAAAUAUAUUAUAAGAAAUCAAUGUAUGGAUGAUUGUGACGGUCCCGACAAUUAUGCAGAUGAUGACCAAAAUCUUGUUGUUGUGAAAUGUCCACCGAAUGUACGCUGUCUUCUCCUAGAUGAAGUGGAUGGCAAUUCAAAUAAGUGUUGUGGUAAUAAUAUACCCGAAAUCAAAGUAAUUGAUUCUGAACAACAGUGCCAGUUCUGUCUAGAAGAACAACGGCGCUGCAACUAGAACCCAGGAUAUCAGUCAAAGCAUAUAAAUUCUAAAGCAGCUCGCAAGUACUAAAUUUAGUGAUUUUAUACUACGAUGCAAAAUGUUCAAAAUAUUUUGCAUUAUUAAUGUUAUAUUUUAGU